AUACAGUAUACAUAUCUUAUAAAUAUACUGUAUACAUAUUACAUUAAUAUUAUACAGUAUACAUAUGACAUCAAUAUUAUACAGUAUUCAUGACAUUAUUAUACAGUAUACAUACUGUAUGACAUUAUUAUACGUAUUCAUGACAUACAGUAUACUUAUGACAUCAAUAUUAUACAGUAUACAUAUGACAUAUUAAUAUUAUACAGUAUACAUAUGACAUAUCAAUAUUAUACAAUAUACAUAACAUUAAUAUACAAUAUACAUAUGACAUUAAUAUUAUACAGUAUACAUAUGACAUCAAUAUUAUACAGUAUACAUGUGACAUUAAUUUUAUACAGUAUACAUACUUAUACAUAUGACAACUUAUCAAUAUUGUACAGUAUACAUAUGACAUAUCAAUAUUAUACAGUCCUCAUGACAUCAAUAUUAUACAGUAUACAUAUGACAUUAAUAUUAUACAGUAUUCAUGACUUUAAUAUUAUACAGUAUACAUAUGACAUAUCAAUAUUACACAGUAUACAUAUGACAAUAUUAUACAGUAUACAUGACAUAAUAUUAUACAGUAUACAUAUGACAUCAAUAUUAUACAGUAUACAUAUGACAUUAAUAUUAUACAGUAUUCAUGACUUUAAUAUUAUAUAGUAUACAUAUGACAUAUCAAUAUUAUACAGUCUUCAUGACAUUAAUAUUAUACAGUAUACUUAUGACAUCAAUAUUAUACAGUAUACAUAUGACAUUAAUAUUAUACAGUAUUCAUGACAUUAAUAUUAUACAGUAUACAUAUGACAUAUCAAUAUUACACAGUAUACAUAUGACAAUAUUACACAGUAUACAUAUGACAAUAUUAUACAGUAUACAUGACAUAAUAUUAUACAGUAUACAUAGUCGUUCAGUCGUUCACAGAUCACAUCAAUGCGGUGGACACCAAUAUCAAAUUUACUCGCGAGGACGCUAAAGAGAACCAACUAGCCUUCUUAGACUGCAAGGUAAUUAUAGGAGAGGACAGACAGCUACUUCCAGAGGUCUUUAGAAAGGCCACACACACUGACCAAUACCUGCUUUUUGAAUCAAACCAUCCACUACAACAUAAACUAGGGGUUAUUAGGACACUCCAACAUAGAGCGGAACUAAUACCAACUAGUGCUGAGGGAAGGAAAAAGGAGACACAACAUGUCCAGAGAGCGCUCUCAACCUGUGGGUACCCGCGGUGGGCUUUUAACAAAUGUCAAAAGAAGAGAGUAGGGAAAGAAACCCAAAAGCCCACAGAAGCAAAAAGGAGAGGAGUGGUAGUCCCUUAUGUAGCGGGGGUCUCCGAAAAACUCCAGAGGAUCUUAUGGCAACACAAAAUUCCAACCUAUUUUAAACCAGUAAAUACCCUGAGACAAAAACUAGUGCAUCCUAAAGACAAGGCUCCAAACCAAAAACAGAGCAAUGUGGUCUAUUCCAUCCACUGUAAAGAUGAGGAAUGCAAAGAGCACUACAUUGGGGAAACUAAGCAAAUGCUCCAAAAAAGGUUUUAUCAACAUCGCAGGGACAAUUCUAGUGGUCCUCAAUCAGCAGUACAUCUACACCUUAAAGCUACCAAUCACUCUUUUGAGGACAGCGAGGUAAAGAUUUUGGCCAAAGAAAACAGAUGGUUUGAAAGAGGAGUAAAGGAAGCUAUUUUUGUCAAACAACAGAACCCAUCAUUGAAUCGGAAUGGUGGUUUGAGGUUUAAUUUGGACCCUGUGUUCAGCAGGUUACUGAGACCAAAACCCACAGCUCUUAGUCAUGCAAAUGAGGUGGAGCCAGAGCCGAGCCAGAACAGAGACAGAGUCGUUCAUACCCAAAUACAGGGAGCUACACUUCCCUUUGAUCGGAGGUGCUAAUGUGAGGAGAGGAUUAGACCACCCCUCCUCCCAGUCUUAGUGUAAGGAACCAAUAGGAGGAGGGCAUUGGCACACCAAUUCCGCCCACUCUUACUGUAUUUAAGGCCUAGGCUUCCAGCACUUAUUAGUUCGCUGACGAAGCUCUUCGGAUGAGGAGCGAAAUGUUCAACACCUUCUUCACAGAAGUACAGAUGACGUCUCAAGAAGCCUUUCCCUCGAUGGACAACUCCUGUACGACUGAGAGCCUACACAGACGAAGUAUACAUAUGACAUAAUAUUAUACAGUAUACAUAUGACAUAUUAAUAUACAGUAUACAUAUGACAUAUUAAUAUUAUACAGUAUACAUAUGACAUAUUAUACAGUAUACCUAUGACAUAAUAUUAUACAGUAUACAUAUGACAUUAU